AUGUCUUCGGGCGACCUAACUAUUGAUCCCUCUAGUUUAGAGCACCUUUGUGUUGCUCAGGGUCCAUUGGAUGAUGCUGCGGCUCAGUCAGAUUGGGCCUCGAAGAAGCUUGUUUGGGUUCCUCAGGAGUCUGUCGGAUUUGUUGCAGCGUCAAUUAUCAGCGAGGACAAAGAUGAUUGUGUUGUCCAUUUGCAGGAAUCUGGCAAGAAAAUCACUGUUCCUAAGGAUGUUAUUCAAAAAAUGAACCCACCAAAGUUUGACAAGGUUGAGGACAUGGCAAAUUUGACUUACCUCAAUGAGGCUUCGGUUUUGCAUAACCUCAAGUCGCGAUACUACUCGGGACUUAUCUACACCUAUUCUGGUCUCUUCUGUGUCGUUGUCAACCCUUAUAAACGUCUCCCUAUUUAUCGUGAGGAAAUUGUGGAAUGGUACAAAGGCAAGAAACGUCAUGAAAGACCACCUCAUAUUUUCGCUAUUGCCGACACUGCUUACCGGAACAUGCUUCAGGAUCGUGAAGAUCAAUCCAUUCUUUGCACUGGUGAGUCGGGAGCUGGAAAAACGGAAAAUACUAAGAAAGUCAUUCAAUAUUUGGCAUCUGUGGCAACGUCAACGAAGAAUCAAAAGACUACUCCCGGUAAUGUGCUAUCAAAGCUCCAUGGUGAGUUGGAAGCACAAUUACUGAAAGCAAAUCCUAUACUUGAGGCCUUUGGUAAUGCAAAAACAAUCAAAAAUGAUAACUCUUCCCGUUUUGGCAAAUUCAUCCGCAUAAAUUUCGACACAUCUGGUUUCAUUGCUGGAGCAAAUAUUGAAACCUAUCUGCUGGAAAAGGCGCGUGUGAUUCGGCAAGCGCCGGAGGAGAGAACUUUCCACAUCUUUUAUCAGCUCAUCGCCUCAGCUAGCCCGAAGCUGAAGGAGAAGCUCCUGCUCACCGAUGCCUCUAGCCACUCCUACCUCUCCCAUGGCAUGAUCGAGGUGCCCGGUUUGGACGAAAAACAGGCCUUUCAGGAGACCACCGAGGCUAUGUCUGUCAUGGGUAUCACUGAAGAGGAUCAGCAAGCCAUCUUCAAAAUCCUCUCCGCUGUUCUGCAUUUGGGCAACUUGGAGUUUAAGCAAGAGCGAAACACCGACCAAGCAACCCUUCCAAAUCAGGCUGUUGCCGAGAAGGUGGCCCAUCUGCUGGGAGUGCCGUUGCAAGAACUGACGAAAGCCUUCCUCAAGCCGAAGUUGAAGAUCGGUCGGGAGACAGUGUCAAAGGCUCAGACGAAGGAACAAGUUGAGUUCGCUGUAGAAGCCAUCUCGAAGGCCAUCUACGAACGCCUGUUCCGGUGGCUAGUCACUCGCAUCAACAAAUCCCUAGAUCGGGCUAAACGUCAGGGUGUCUCCUUUAUCGGCAUUCUGGAUAUUGCGGGUUUCGAGAUUUUCCAGGUCAACUCCUUCGAGCAACUCUGCAUAAACUACACCAACGAGAAAUUACAACAACUCUUCAACCACACCAUGUUCGUUCUCGAACAAGAGGAGUACAGUCGCGAGGGCAUACCUUGGGACUUUAUCGAUUUCGGCCUGGAUCUUCAACCCACCAUCGACUUAAUUGAAAAGCCCGUGGGUAUCUUGGCCCUUCUCGACGAGGAGUGCUUCUUCCCCAAGGCCACAGACAAGUCGUUUGUAGAGAAGCUGUUUAAGCAGCAGGAGGGCAAUGCAAAGCUCUUUAAACCAGAGUUCCGCUCCACAUCGGAUUUCGGUGUCUGCCACUACGCUGGUCGUGUAGACUACCAGGCUGCUCAGUGGCUGACCAAAAAUAUGGACCCUCUCAACGAUAAUGUCGUCGCCCUUCUUCAAUCCUCCAACGAACCCCUCGUUCAGGCCAUUUGGAAAGAUGCCGAGAUCGUCAGCAUGUCGGCCACGGCGGGCAACGAGACCACCUUCGGUCCAGCCCGCACCGUCCGCAAGGGCAUGCUGCGAACAGUGAGCCAACUCUACAAGGAGUCUCUCAUUCGCCUAAUGUCAGUGCUGCAGAAUACCAACCCCAACUUUGUUCGCUGCAUCAUUCCAAACCACGAGAAGAAGGCGGGUCGCAUCGAUGUACCAUUGGUUCUGGAUCAGCUCAAAUGUAAUGGCGUUCUCGAGGGUAUUCGUAUCUGCCGACAGGGCUUCCCCUCUAGAGUACCAUUCCAAGAAUUUCGUCAACGCUACGAAAUCCUCACACCGGACAUCAUUUCCAAGGGUUAUAUGGACGGCUGCAAGGCUGCUGAAUUGAUGGUGCAACGUCUGGAACUCAGUCCCGAGUUAUACCGCAUUGGACAAAGCAAAAUCUUUUUCAAGGCGGGUGUUCUCGCCCAACUUGAAGAGGAUCGCGAUCUCCGUUUGACGGCGAUCAUGAUCAACUUCCAGGCCCACUGUCGUUGCUAUCUUGCCAAGAAGGCAGUUCAGCAGCGUGUUCAGGAUAUCCAGGCGAUUCGCAUAAUCCAGCGCAACUGCGUGGCCUACUUGAAGCUUCGUAACUGGCCGUGGUGGCGUCUCUUCACCAAAGUUCGACCUCUGCUCAGCGUCACAAGGCAGGAGGAGAUUGUUGCGGCUAAGGAGGCGGAACUUCGAAUGGUCCAAGAAGCUCUUGCAAAGACCUCCGCAUCUCUCACCGAGACUCGCACAGCCUACGAGGAGGCACAUAACAGACUUGUUUCACUCGAGUCAGAGUUGCAAAUCGAGCAUGAGUCAUUCGCCUCACUGGACGAGCGCGAGAGGAAGCUGCGAGCCGAUUACCAGGCCGCCUUGGAGGAAAUCACCGAUCUUGAGAAUCGCGAGAGCGAAUUCAAGGCCUUGAUUGGUGAACUUGAGACCCAAAAGAAGACCCUCUCUGAUCAGGUUGGUGACAUUUCUGACCAACUAGAAGUCGAAGAGCAACAUCGCCAGAAGCUUCAAUUGGAGAAGGGUUCACUGGAGCAGACCUUGAAGGGUCUCAAUGAGGAGCAUGCGGCGUUGGAGGAUAGGUACACGAAGUUGGAGAAGGAGAAGAGGUCAAUUGAGUCGCGUCUGAAUGAUCUCUCAACCCACUUGACCGAUGAGGAGGAACGCUCCAAACAGCUGUUGAAGCUGAAGUCCAAGUACGAGUCGAGCAUCUCAGAGUUGGAGGAGAAGCUCUUUAAGGAGCAGGCGUCGCGGCAGGAUCUAGAGCGCGCCAAGCGACGUCUGGAGACGGAGAUCUCCGAAAAGGCUGAACAGGCUGCCGAUCACUCGCGUCUCAUUGACGAGCUUAAGCAGCAGGUGGCUAAUCUUGAGGCUAAACUCUCUGAGACUCAACAAAAGCUGGAUGAUGAGGUUAUGGCGAAGACGGUAACAAUGAAACAGCUUCGUGAGGUAGAAUCCUCGGUGCAGGAGUUGAGAGACGAUCUGGAAGCAGAGAAGGCGGCACGUGACCGAGCGGAGAACCGAAAGCGCGACCUUAAGGAGGAGUUGGAAGCUCUUCGCCUCGAACUUAUCGACUCUGGAACCAAUUCUGAGGCUCAGGCUGAAGCUCUGCGUAAACAUGAGGCAGAACUUUCCAACGCGCGCAAGCAAAUUGAAAGCGAUGCUGCUGCUCACGAAGCUGCUGUGGCUGAAUUGCGCAAGAAGUACAAUGUCAAAGUUGAACAGCUUACGGAACAAUUGGAAGCCAUGAAGCGUGUUAAGGUGGCCAUGGAGUCAUCCAAAUCCCAACUCGAGGCCGGUAAUGCUGACCUCACCAACCAACUCAACACUGCUCUGGCUGCCAAAGCAGAGUCGGAGAAGAAGCGUCGUGCAAUUGAGCAGAAGUUGAACGACAAGUUCAUGAAACUUGAGGAGUCGGAACGUCAGCGGGCAGACAUUGAGGAGAGGUUUAGCAAGGCACAGGCUGAGCUGGAGGCGGCAAACAAGGCUUUAGAGACCUCGGAAGCAGAAUUGACUAAGUUGAGUCAUUUGGAUGCGAACAACGUUGCUACCAUCGCCGAGUUGAAACAGAGUUUGGAGGACGAGACACGCGCCAAAUUAGCUUUGCAGACGCGUCUUAGACAGGCCGAAUCGGAACGUGAGGUCGCGAAAGACGCUCUGGAUGAGGAGGAACAGAACAAACAGGCCCUUGAGAAGCAUGUCCAGAUGCUUCAGCAACAGAUGGACGAUGUUAAAGCCAAGGUUUCUGAGGAUGCCAAACAGUUGGAGGGACUGGAGGACAUUCGCAAGAAACUUCAACGUGAUAAGGAUGAGCUGGCCAAUCGCAAUGAGGAGCUUACGGCACAGGUUGAAAAGCUGGAGAAGUCACGUCGCAAGCUGCAGGGAGAGCUGGAAGACGCAAAUCACGCACUAGCGGCACAACGGUCUGAUCAGGUGAACAGUGAUCGUCGAUUGAAAAAACUGGAGGCUUCGUUGGCGGACGCCAUGGCGAACUCGAGGAGGCUGCAGGAGGAGAAGGACCAGGUGGACAAAGAGAUGCGGGAGCGUGAGACUCAACUCCUUACACGAGAUCGCGAGUUAGAGGACCUUCAAGAACGUCUAGAGGAGUCUGAACGCCAGCGGGCCAAUCUGAGUCACGAAUUGGAAGAGCUCGUUUCUCACACUGAUGAUGCUGGAAAGAGCAAAAUCGAGCUGGAGCAGAUCAAAUUCCAAUUAGAGAACCAGCUGAAGGAAUUAAAACAGCAGUUCGAAGAACUAGAGGAUGAUCAGGCUCAACUUGCCAUGGAGAAACAGCGCGCUGAUCUUCAAAUCAAUGCACUGAAGACGCAGUUGGAGCGUGAAGUGACAAGCCGUAAUGAGGGCUUUGAGGAACAGCGUCGUCAGUUGUUGAAGCAGUUGCGUGAGGCGAAGGAGGAGUUGGAGGAUGAGAAGAAGCAGCGGGCUACCGCCCUGCUCAUGCGCAAAAAGAUGGAGAGUGAUCUUGUUGAUGCUAAUCAACGCGGGGAUGCGGCGGAUCGACAGCGCGAGGAGGCGACGAAGCAGUUGAAGCGUCUUCAAGGUGUCAGUAUUGAACUCAAACGUGAUCUAGACGCUUCGUUGAAGGCGCGCGAUGACGCUAUUGCGGCGAUGCGGGAGCUGGAGAAGAGAAUCCGCACCGCGGAGGCCGAGCGGGCCCAGGCAAUAGAUGAUCUUUCCACUUCAGAACGGGUUUGCCGAACCGCCAAAGUGGAAAGAGACGAGGCUCUUGAGGAGGCCAAUAGUGCCCUCACUGCCAAAAACACCCUGCUGGAGGAGAAAAAGCGUCUAGAAUCGGCGAUGAUGCAUCGUGACGAGGAAUUGGAGGAGGCGCAGACGGCUCGUGAGGAGGCAGAGGAUCGCUACAAACGCACCCUCGGUCUGCUUGAACAGGCUCAGAUCGACUUGGGCUUGGAACGUACCAAUGCGCAGCGCAUUGAAACUCAACGCGCCACCUUUGAGAAGCAGAUCAAGGAAUUGCGUGAAAAGCUCGCCGAACAGGAGCGUGACAGUGGCAAGCGACUGAAGCUUCAGGUCGCAACGAUGGAGGAGCGUCUAGCUGCGAUGGACGAGCAGUUGGAGAAUGAGAACAAGGAACGACAGAAUGCCAAUCGCACAGCUCGUCGUUUGGACAAGCGCCUCAAAGAGGUCUCGCUGCAGCUGGAGGAGGAGAAAGCCUACGUGGCACAAUUGAAGGACCAGCUGGAGAAGACGCAGACAGCCUGCAAGCGAAGCAAGCAGAACCUGGAGGCAAUGGAGGAUGAAGCAAGCAAUCUGAGAACGCAGAAGCGUCGCAUCCAACGAGACCUCGAGGAGACUACUGAACAGAAGGAGAACGUUGAACGCGAGCUCCAAAUGCUGCGUGCAAAGCUUAACCGGUUCUCUUCUCGAGCAAUGGACGCACUCAAUGGCGACUCGGACCAGGAAUCCUUUGAUAUCUUUGGUGCGCGUAGCGCCCCCAGGGGGCCCACCGGUGCCUCCCGUCCUUCAACUCAGACAGGUGUAGGAGGGACCCCUGAGGACGCCCAAUCCGCUGCUGAUGCUGAAGUCUCGGGAUCCAGCGAGGGUACCCUCAACGAGACCAACAGCUCGGCUACUUAA